AUGGCUUCUUCUCUCUUCUUGCUUGUUGUUCUUUGUUUACCAUCCAUUAUUAAUUCUCAAGAUAGAGCUCUCACUUAUGAAAGCCCUGUUCCCUUAUCACCAGAAACAUACUCAUUUUUUCACCCAAAUGCUCAACAACAAAACACUAGUAAUGAAAAUUUAUGUGAUGAUUGUUCUGAAUUUCCUACAGCAUCAAAUGUACAGUCAAAUCUUGCAUAUGAAAGUUUAUCACCACCAGAAGGCGGUGGGAUUCGACUGGGACAUGGUGGGAUGACUGGAAUUCCUAUCGGUCUUGUGUUUGCUAUUCUUUUAGGAAUUGUGAUUCUCUUUGUGGUCAUCACACGUAAAGGCAACACAAGUGAAGCUAAUACCGCUCAGCUUAAUGUUUGA